AUGGAAAUUGCAGGAUUCCCUGGCGUUGUGGGUGUAAUUGAUGGAACACAUGUGAGAAUAAUUGCGCCAUCAGAGGACGAGGCUGUCUUUGUUAACAGGAAGAAUUUCCACAGCAUCAAUGUGCAAAUAGUGUUCAAUGCGGCCUGGAAGAUUUUGGACAUUGUGGCUAAAUGGCCAGGCUCCACACAUGAUGCGAGAAUGCUCUCCGAGAGUGGCAUCAGACAGCUUUUUGAGAGACGCUAUGUGCCAGCUAAUUGCCACUUGUUAGGGGACAGUGGCUACCCAUGCAAACCAUGGCUCCUUACACCUUACCUCCAGCCACGCCAAGGGCCCCAACUAAACUAUAACAGGGCCCACAAGACAACAAGAGCGGUGGUGGAGCGUGGCAUAGGGCAGCUUAAGAGGCGCUUUCAUGUUCUCCACGGAGAGGCGCGGCUGAGGCCUGAAAAAGUCAGCAAAGUCAUCAUAGCCUGUGCAAUAUUACACAAUAUUUGCAAGGUUAGACAGAUUGCAGAACCUCUGGAGGAUGGCGACAACGAUGAGGAUGGUGGGAUGCUGACGGAGCAGGUGCUGCGGAUGGGAAUGGUGUUUGAUCCGCCGGGCUAUCCUGAGUAG